AUGGACACCUCCGCUUCGGCUCCCAAGAAGCCUGGCAAGGUGAAAGGCAAGAAGACCCCCAGCCGUGUAUAUAAGAUUGGUGACCGUGAAGUAGUUGAGGAGAAGCCAUUGUCUGAGGGUGGCUUCGCAUAUGUCAGCCUCAUGAGAGACGUUAACAGUAGUCAGACAUUUGCUAUGAAGAAAAUGAAAUGUACAGAUAGGACCCGAUACCAGAUGGCCCUGCAUGAGUGUAAGAUCCUGGAGUCCUUAUCCGGCCAGCCCAACAUAGUCAACUGUUACGGUCAUAUUACCGAACCAGGUAUAUUAUUUACACUUAUCUGCUAUCGGCACCCUUUCCAAGACCAGUCAGUGUUGGCCAUCUCCAAUGCUAAGUACCAUAUAGAUGCCAAAGCAUCAGAACGGCACCCUCGGCCACUCACUGACCUCUGUCGAUGGAUGCUAUCACGGGAUCCUACCAGGAGGCCUACGGCUAAGCAGGUCCUUGAUGUUUUCACCGAUUGGAGUCGUGUGGCUGUUGAAGGGAUAAUCACUGUUAAUGGGAUAGGAAGCAAGGGGACGAAGCCAUCGAGGCAUGAGUCCUCCAAACGGCGACCGAAGUCCCUCGAGCCUCCCCACAUCCAUCCAUCACCGACUAGCUCCUCUAGUGAUGAGGGAAGGGAGAUACAUUCAGCGCCCGACUGGAGCACGCCGUCUGAUAUAGUAGACGACGAGUUACCAUCAUGGCAAGCCUUUCGGACUGAGCCGUCACGUCCACAGGCAGCUACGGAUAGUAGCAGUGGUGAUGAUGGAUGGAAGUCCUUCACGGAUCCCAACCCAUCACAGAGACGACUACCAACACCAUCAGUGGAGGAUCAUUCUGCCGAUGAUGCCGUUAUACCCUCGAUGACUGCCGCCUCCCCUACCACGACUACUUGGACUGCGACCUUCGAAGUCUCCUCCACUACCAAAACUGUGCUCGCCCCCAAGGUUCCACUCGGACAUAAUGAUGAUAGCCUACCUGAGUGGACGGCCUUUGGAGGAUCUAUAUCAUCAUCACCAUCCCCAGCUGAGCCAUCACCACCACCACCCCAUGUUAGCGCCAUACCGUCUCGAAGUGAUGACACCAGUCAAUUCACGACCGGCCAUGAUGUUUGGAGUAGUGGAGUCCUCCCUCACGAUGCUGCCCGUGCAGGUCAAUGGGAAGCCUUCAGCUCAGGUCAGGCUCUAAAGGGUGACGACCGGAGUAGUAUGCCCUCCCCAGAUGAUGCUGUUGGUGUCGAGACCAUAACAACCAACGACUUGAUUAAUCUGAAUGAUAAACCUGAAGGGAACGCCUGA